AUUAAUCAAUGUUACCUAAUUCAUACGUCCAAUCUAUGUACAUAAAUCCACAGUAGUAAGUAGCGCCUUUACCUUUUGGAUAUAAUACAAAUACACCGAGUAUCUUUUAAAUACUUAUUUUAAGCUAAACCUGUAUAUCAACCUUAACCACCAAUUGAAACAGAAUAUUAAAGUAUCUAUAUAGUCUAGUUAUUUAGUGAAAGUGUAACCUGAGCCAUAAAGAGAGUAAAUUAUUGUGUAAUAACCGAUAUAAAAUAAAACCAUAAGUGUAGUAAAACCUAAGAAAUAUUCUUAUGUAAUCGUUAAAUUUGAAUUUUUAGUUGAUAGAUUGGUUACUAUACAUAUUACCAAUAGCAUUCUUUAUAAUAAUUCUUCUUAUUAUGGCAUUACUCUUUGCUUCUAAAGUGAAACAUUUCAAUCCAGAAGGUGCACAUAACACAUUAGAAACUCUAAAAAAUAAUAUGUAAAUGGCCCCAAUUGAGGAUAUUGUAGUAGCAACUCAUUCAACUGCUGCAUCAGCUCUUAAUAUGUUAUCAUAUUUUACUCAUGAUGUUGUUGAAUGUCCAGAUGGAUAUGGAAGAACUCAUUUAGGUUAAUGGGAUGGAGUAUAAUCUGGAUGUAUUUGUGAAAAUGGAGAGAUUAGUCAUUCUCUCACUUGUUUCUACAAAUCUAAUUGUAAAAAGGUGAAAUCUCAUGAUUCUGUAUUAUUUACAACAUGGCAAUAAAAAUAAUAUUGUACUAAAAUAUUUACAGAAUGGAAACCAUUACAAGGUGCUGCAUGUGAAACUUCUUACUAAUAGUGUGGUAAUAUUUGUGUUCCAUCAAACAAACAUUGUCCAUUAUCUGGUUUACAAAAAGAUAAUACAAGAAAUAAUGAUAGAAAUGCUAUUAAAAUUGGAACGGAUAAUUAUAUCAAAUUAUUUGAAAAUUCAUCUCCUAUUGUUAGUAUUGAAGUUGUCCCAGGAAUUGGAUAAGAUAAUUCAUCUCCUUGUUACAAUCAUAAAUUAAAUCCUAAAUUUUAAUCAUCUAAAUAUUACCCUCUUGCUAAAAGACCUGAAAUUGGUUGUGAUAAUUUUAAAGAUUUACAAUCUCAUCGUGUUACUUUGAAUACAUUUUCAGCUCAUCAAACUUAUUAAUAAAAUGGUUUGACUGAUGUACUAUCUAAAUUACCAUUUUAUCAAAACUAUGAAGAUAACUCUGAUACGUAUGCAUUAGAAGCCAUAAAGAAAAUUUAAAUUAAUACUAAUGAAUUCUGUUAGAAAUUAUCACCUAAAGAAAUUGAUUAAAUCUCUAAAAGUGGAUAAAGAGUCUAUAAAUCAGAAAGAGCAAUGUCUUUAAUAAUUAUUAUAAGUGUAGGAAUCGUUCUUUUCCUUGUUCCUAUUUUGUAUCUAAUGAAAAAUAGAGUAAAUUUAUUUAAAUAGUUUUGUAGAUUUUCUAAUGGAUUGAUAUGACUGAAUUUCAUUAACCUAAGUUCUUAUGUGGAAUUGCAUUAAUCGUUGCCUUAUUGUGUAUUGCUUUAGGAGCUGUUUAUUUAAGUGAAGUAGAUGGAAAUGUAAUAAUAAAAUUCUUAUUUCAUUUAGAAUGGACUAAGAGAACAUAAUACUCAAUUCUCUAAGUACCUUGAUAAAAAUUGCUUCCCAGAUGAAGGAUUAAAAUUGGUAUAUAUAUAAUAUCAUUAUUUCAGGCUGUUACUCAAGUUAAUUAAUUUGCUAAGAAUACCUACUCUUCCACUUAUUCUUUGGUUAUUGCAGCAUUUUAUGUUAGUAUCAUUUUUAUCGUACUCUUAAUCAUUUUUGUUGCUUACUAAUACUUUUCACACAAAUCCUUGUUUGACAAUCCUUGGAUUCCCAGAUAAUAAGAAUAUUCAGAAUUUCAUUGAUCC